UUCGCAAUUCGCAAAACUACAAAUAUAAACAAAUUAAAAAGGGAAAAAAACAGAGCAAACCCGCCACUCGUUUUCGAUUUCGUUCCCAGAUUUUUCUCACUCCUUGUAGAUCUCACAGCUCUCUCUCUCUAGGAAUCGCCGGAGAAAACGAGAGAGAGAGGACAUGGUGGUGGUUCAUGGAGUGUCUCUGACUCCAGGUGUUCUCGUCUCAUCCUUCCCUCUUCCCCCCUUCUCUUCUUCCAAUGCGCGAUCUCUCAACUCCACCGUCUCUUUCUUCCUGAAUAAACGCCCUCUCUCUCGGAAGAUCUUCGCUGGGAAUCAAUCUGCUAAGUUUAAUUCUAAGUCACAAGCCGUCUCGAAGAAAGUCCUAGUACCUGAUAAUGUUGAUGAUGGUGCUUCCUUGGUGACUGAUGAUGCUCUACAAGGUCCCAGCAGCGUUUCACAAGCACCACAGAUAUUAAAUCUAGAAAGUCAAACAAUGGAAGAGGACGGCACAGUAAUAACAGAAGACCAAGCGUCUGUUUCCGUUAAUUCGAGUAGGGUCGUCAAGGAGAAAGAGGUGAAGCCAAGAACUGUUCCACCACCUGGUAAUGGGCAGAUAAUAUAUGAGAUAGACCCCAUGUUGCAGAGUUACAAAGACCAUCUUGAUUACCGUUAUAAACAGUAUAGAAGAUUGCGAGAGGAAAUAGACAAGUAUGAGGGUGGUCUGGAGGCAUUCUCUCGUGGCUAUGAAAAGUUAGGAUUCUUGCGCAGUGAUGCCGGUAUAACUUAUAGAGAGUGGGCGCCUGGAGCUAAGUCUGCAUCACUAAUUGGAGAUUUCAACAACUGGAAUCCUAAUGCAGAUAUCAUGACUCGUAAUGAAUUUGGUGUUUGGGAGAUCUUCUUGCCCAACAACACGGAUGGUUCGCCAGCAAUCCCCCAUGGCUCACGUGUAAAGAUUCGUAUGGAUACACCAUCUGGCAUUAAAGACUCAAUUCCUGCUUGGAUCAAGUUCUCGGUGCAAGCUCCAGGUGAAAUCCCGUUCAAUGGCAUAUACUAUGAUCCUCCAGAAGAGGAGAAGUAUGUAUUCAAACAUCCCCAACCAAAGAGACCUAAGUCGCUGAGGAUUUAUGAGUCACAUGUUGGCAUGAGUAGCACGGAACCGAUGAUCAAUACUUAUGCUAAUUUUAGAGAUGAUGUGCUUCCACGUAUCAAAAAGCUUGGCUACAAUGCUGUUCAAAUCAUGGCUAUACAAGAACAUUCAUAUUAUGCCAGCUUUGGAUACCAUGUCACAAACUUCUUUGCCCCUAGCAGCCGUUGUGGGACCCCAGAGGACCUAAAAUCACUGAUAGAUAGAGCUCAUGAGUUAGGCCUGAUCGUUCUGAUGGAUAUCGUUCACAGCCAUGCUUCAAAAAAUACAUUGGAUGGACUGAACAUGUUUGAUGGAACUGAUGCUCACUACUUCCACUCUGGACCUCGGGGUUACCAUUGGAUGUGGGACUCGCGUCUUUUCAAUUAUGGGAGCUGGGAAGUGCUACGGUAUCUUCUUUCAAAUGCUCGGUGGUGGCUAGAAGAAUACAAGUUUGAUGGAUUCAGAUUUGAUGGUGUUACCUCAAUGAUGUAUACGCAUCAUGGACUCUCGGUUGGAUUUACUGGAAAUUACACCGAGUACUUUGGCUUGGAAACUGAUGUGGACGCUGUGAAUUAUCUGAUGCUGGUAAAUGAUAUGAUUCAUGGGCUCUACCCUGAAGCGGUUACCGUUGGGGAAGAUGUUAGUGGUAUGCCAACAUUCUGCAUUCCUGUCCAAGAUGGUGGCGUUGGAUUUGACUACCGUUUACACAUGGCCAUAGCUGAUAAGUGGAUAGAAAUUCUCAAGAAGCGAGAUGAGGACUGGAAAAUGGGCGACAUCAUUUACACGCUUACCAACAGAAGGUGGUCAGAGAAGUGUAUUGCAUAUGCUGAGAGUCACGAUCAAGCUCUUGUUGGUGAUAAAACAAUUGCCUUCUGGUUAAUGGACAAGGAUAUGUAUGACUUCAUGGCGGUAGACAGACCAUCAACUCCUCUUGUUGAUAGAGGAAUAGCUUUGCAUAAAAUGAUCAGGCUUAUAACCAUGGGAUUAGGCGGUGAAGGCUAUUUAAAUUUUAUGGGGAACGAGUUCGGACAUCCAGAAUGGAUCGAUUUUCCCAGAGGCGAGCAGCGUCUUUCUGAUGGGAGUGUGAUUCCUGGGAACAACUUCAGUUAUGACAAAUGCAGGCGCAGAUUUGAUCUUGGAGAUGCGGAUUAUCUUAGAUACCAUGGACUGCAAGAGUUUGAUCGGGCAAUGCAAAAUCUUGAAGAGAAAUACGGUUUUAUGACUUCGGAGCAUCUUUUCAUAUCAAGAAAAGACGAAGGAGAUAGAGUAAUCGUGUUCGAAAGAGGUGAUCUGGUCUUCGUCUUCAACUUCCACUGGACCAGCAGCUACUUUGAUUACCGCAUUGGUUGCUCCAAGCCAGGCAAAUACAAGAUCGUAUUGGACUCGGACGAUCCUCUGUUUGGUGGAUUCGGCAGGCUCGACCGCACGGCAGAGUAUUUCACAUUUGAGGGCUCAUAUGACGGACGACCCUCCUCGUUCAUGGUCUACACACCAUGUAGAACUGCCGUGGUUUACGCUUUAGCAGACCGUGAUGAUGGUCUCGAGACUUUGGGUCCAAAACCGUAAGCAGAGAAGAGAAAGAGUGUGAACAAAAUGUCACUGAGAAUGUAAAGUCUGUAAACGAAAAUAUCUAAAACACUAAACCGGAGAUAUAGCUCUUGAUUAACUAAGAAAGCCAGUUUGUAAUAACCGGAAUAAACCGAUGUUGGGCCGUGAACGGCCCAGCUGGUUUGUCUUAAAAUUGCAAAAACGAAGCUUGAAAAAUCA